AAUAUAUAAGUUAGAACAGGUCUCAUUGAGUUUAGUAACAACUUGUACUGUUGCGCAGCUAUAGUCCAUAUAGGUACCUACAACUGUUGUUCUUCAUUAACUACGGCAUCAUGGCUAAGAUUCUGUUUUUGGUUUCCAUAAUGCUGCUGGGUCCUUACAUAACGGAGCAAUCAAAAUUAUCAAAAGGUGACGUAGAAACCAAUACACUCGAGUUUUUUUUGGAAAAAAGUAAAGUUGAAGCAGCUACUAAAUCAAAAAUUAUGUACAAAACCCGCAAUCCCAAGUACGUAAUAGACAACCGGGAUUACAAGGAAUUCGACGCGAGAAAACGAUGGCCGAAAUGCAAAACAAUUGGUGAAGUCCACAAUGAAGGAAACUUCGCCUUGGGUUGGGCUUAUGCCGUCGCCGGGGUAUUGGCAGACAGAACGUGCAUAGCGACUAAUGGAGGUUACAAUAAACUCCUCUCUACCGAAGAGCUAAUUUCCUGCAGUGGUAUAAAAGAGAAUAACGGUAGUGUUCCUAGUGAACGCUCAAUUUGGGAAUAUUUGAAAAGUCACGGCGUGGUGUCCGGUGGCAAAUACAACUCUAACGAUGGAUGUCAACCUUUUAAAUUUCCACCAAUUGCUAACAUACCAAAACAUUUACACAAACAUACAUGCGACGACCACUGUUACGGUAAUUCAACGAUCAAUUACAACCAUGAUCACGUGAGAGUUAGAAACUACUAUACUAUAAGAACAAGAGAUAUUCAAAAAGAAGUGCAAACUUACGGUCCAGUCGUAGUACGGUUCAUGGUUUGCGACGACUUUUUUCUUUACAAAAGUGGUGUUUACGCAAAAUCUGAUAAAGCGAAAGGGAUACGAACUCAAUAUGCCAAGUUAAUUGGAUGGGGAGUCGAAAAUGGUGUUGACUAUUGGUUGGUGAUCAACUCUUGGGGACAUGAAUGGGGACAGAAGGGACUAUUCAAAAUCAAAAGUGGCACAAAUCAAUGCGGCGUCGAAAGUUUUGUUUAUGCAGGUUUACCUGAAAUAAAAUAAUAAUAUCUAAUCAGGAUUUGAAGAAAUAAAUAAAGUACAGGUUAAAAUAAUAU